CAUUUCUUUCUUCUGCAACUUUCUUGUGAUCUCUCAAGAUUAAUUUUCUCUCUCCUCUCUCAAUCCUUUUCCACAGUCUUUCUCCUGUGUAUGAGAGAGAGAGAGGGGAGCAAUUUCUUUAUUUAUUUUCUUUUUAAUUCCCCACAAUUUCAACUUUUUAUUAGAGUUAAAUUAUAAUUGAAUUAAGAAUUAACGCAUAAACUUGAGUUAUUCCUUAGAAGUGGGGUUUUGCUUUAAUAAGAGGAGGAAUAUUUCUCCUUUCUUUGAUUGAGCAUUUAAGGCAAUCCAAACAUGCCCUUGUGAGCAAAGCUUCUUAUCUUUGUCUUCCUUAUUCUCUCUCCUUUCAUUUGUAGGAAUUUUCUGGUAAUUUUUGCAGGUUUUGAACCCAAAUUUCAGGUGGAAUUUACCCACAAAUUCAGUUAUUGUGGGAAGCAUUUCUUGUUCACAUUGAGGAAGUUUGUUAGGAGUCGACAAACUCCAGAAGGAACAGGAUGGCUUCUCUCUCAGAUAUAGCGUUUUCUGCUGGCUUCAAUCUUUUAAGUGCAUUUGUCUUCUUGUUGGCAUUUGCCCUUCUGAGGAUUCAACCUUUCAACGAUAGAGUUUAUUUUCCAAAAUGGUACCUUAAGGGCUUAAGAAGCAGCCCACUUCACACAGGAGCUUUUGUGAGCAAAGUUGUCAACUUGGACUUCAAGUCAUAUUUGAGAUUCUUAAAUUGGAUGCCAGAUGCCAUGAAAAUGCCCGAAUCAGAACUCAUUGAGCAUGCUGGGCUGGAUUCAGCGGUUUACUUAAGAAUUUAUCUGAUAGGACUCAAGAUUUUUGUCCCUGUCACGGUGCUCUGUUUAUUGGUUCUGGUUCCAGUCAAUUUUACAAAUGAUACAUUAGUAUUGUCCAAAGCAACUUUCAGCAAUAUAGAUAAGCUAUCAAUUUCAAAUAUACCGCUUGAAUCACCAAGGUUUUGGGCUCAUAUAGUGAUGGAAUAUGCGUGUACUUUUUGGGCAUGCUAUCUGCUUUAUAAGGAGUAUGCGACGGUUGCAGCGAUGCGGUUGCAAUUUAUGGCAUCAGAAAGACGCCGUCCUGAUCAGUUUAGUGUCCUUGUACGAAAUGUUCCCCCAGAUGCUGAUGAAUCGAUUAGCGAGCUUGUGGAGCACUUUUGUCUGGUCAAUCACCCCGAUCAUUAUCUAACACAUCAGGUAGUUUACAACGCAAAUAAGCUGUCAGAUUUGGUUGAAGAGAAAAAAAAGAAGCAAAAUUGGUUUGAUUACUAUGAAUUAAAGUUUUCUAGAAAGCCAGAUGAAAGGCCAAUGACGAAGACUGGAUUUCUUGGUCUAUUUGGAAAACAAGUUGAUGCCAUAGAUUAUUAUGCUGCUGAAAUUGAGAGACUAGCAAAGGAAAUUGCUGAUGAAAAAGAGAGAGUUAAAUAUGAUUCAAAGGCUAUCAUGCCAGCUGCUUUUGUCUCUUUUAAGAGUCGCUGGGGUGCUGCUGUCUGUGCACAGACUCAGCAAACCAGAAAUCCAACUAUUUGGUUGACUGAAUGGGCCCCAGAGCCACGAGAUGUGUAUUGGCCGAACUUGGCUAUUCCAUAUGUUCAUCUCAGUGUCCGGAGGCUGUUAAUGUCUGUUGCAUUUUUCUUUCUGACCUUUUUCUUCAUAAUCCCGAUUGCCUUCGUACAAUCACUGGCAAGCAUUGAGGGGAUUCAGAGAUAUGCUCCCUUUUUAAAGGUUAUUGUAGAAAAGCCUUUGAUCAAGGGAUUCCUUCAAGGUUUCCUGCCUGGACUUGCUUUGAAACUUUUCCUGAUCUUCCUGCCCUCAAUAUUGAUGAUGAUGUCUAAAUUCGAAGGCUUUGAAGCAUUAUCAAAAUUGGAGAGGAGAUCAGCUUCAAGAUACUACAUCUUCAAUUUUGUUAAUGUUUUCCUUGCAAGUGUUAUAACUGGGACUGCAAUCAACCAAUUAAAAACAUUCCUCAGUCAGCCACCAAAUAAGAUAUUUGAGAUCAUUGGUAUGUCAAUUCCAAUGAAAGCAACUUUCUUUAUAACUUACAUUAUGGUUGAUGGAUGGGCUGGUGUUGCCGGUGAGAUACUGAGAUUGAAACCUUUGAUUAUAUACCACUUGAAGAACUGGUUCUUAGUGAAGACUGAGAAGGAUAGGGAGGCAGCAAUGGAUGCAGGAAGCAUUGGGUUUGACACUGGGGAACCUCAGAUACAAUUAUAUAUAUUGUUGGGCCUUGUUUAUGCUGUGGUGACUCCAAUUCUACUGCCAUUCAUUUUGGUGUUCUUCGGCUUUUCUUAUCUUGUGUAUCGACAUCAGAUCAUAAACGUUUACAACCAGGAGUAUGAAAGUGCUGCUGCUUUCUGGCCCUCUGUCCACGGACGAAUUAUUUCUGCAAUGGUUUUCUCUCAGUUGCUUUUGAUGGGACUGAUUGGCACAAAGAAAGCUGCUUCAUCAUCACCAUUUCUCAUUGCACUUCCAAUUCUUACUAUAUGGUUUCAUAGGUUCUGCAAGGGUCGAUUUGAGCCAGCAUUCAAGACUUAUCCUCUACAGGAAGCCAUGAUGAAAGAUACACUAGAACGUGCAAGAGAUCCAAACUUCAACUUGAAAGGAUACCUUCAGAAUGCAUAUAUCCAUCCGGUGUUUAAAAGUGAAGAUGAUGAUGAUAUAAUCCAGAACAAGUUGGAGAUGGAGACCGAGCUUGUUCCAACGAGACGCCAGUCAAGAAGAAACACUCCAGUCCCAAGCAAAAUGAGCCAUGCAUCUUCUUCACCUUCUCCAACUAAACAUAUUGAUCUAUGAAGAGCGUAGAUUUGAUAUGUUGUGUAGGGGUAAUGAGCUAGUUCAAAUCAUGACUCACGCUCUGUAGGCAAAUUGUGCAAGUAGAUGAAAUCAGCAGGUCUUAUGUAUUUUGUAGGGAGAGCGUUUAAUAUGGUUCUGUAAAUUUUAGAUAUCUGAAACAUUCUGGAGGGCUUCAGGCCCUCCAUUCUUCUAUUACGCAUAUAGAUAUCUAUAGUUUUUCAUUCUCUUUCACUCUUUUCCAUGUGUAAAGUACAGACUGUUUCCUGCAUGUAAAUUAUAUCAGGGAAUUCUAAUUUAUGGGUGUCAUGGCUACUACUUCAUACUAGUAGUUUCCUCACUUCCUGCUAAA